GGCCUGGGGUGGGGGUGGGGAAAGGGAGCCGCGUGUGGGUUAGGGGGGGUCAUGAUGCAGAGGGACCGGGCCCACUGUCAGGGCCCUGAGCUGGGAGGAGGAGGACGCCGGGAUCUGGGGCAGCCUCUCGGAAGCAGCCGAUCCCCUGCUUAGCGCCCCCUCUGCCGGCUGGGAUUCUCCCUCGGGUAGGGGGAAAGGGGGCGGGGAGCAGAGGUGUCCCUCUGACGGCGACAGAAGAGGCAGACAGACAGACACGCAGACCAACAGUGCGGCCCCAGGGUUCGUCCCCAGACUCUCAAGCUCAUUCGGUGGCGACCGGGGCUCUGCGCCGCGAAGCCGGAUGUGGUCCGGAGGCAGUGGGAAGGCGCGGGGCUGGGAGGCCGCGGCGGGAGGGAGGAGCAGCCCCAGCAGGCUCAGGUGAAUCCCCCACCCUGUCCCUUGGCCCCCGCCCUCUAAAGACCUGUCCCCGCCGGGGAACCCCGACUGUUUUGGAAAGUGGUUCGCAACUUCGCAAGUUGGUUGCAAAGCAGCAUUCACCUUGCUUCCUCCCCACCAUCCCUCCUCCUCGGCUACUCCCCACCCCACCUCUUGCCCUCCCCUCUCUCGGUUCCCUCCUUCUUUCCCUCCCCGCCUCCCCCCGCGCGCCGCUCGCACCCCACAAAAAAUAGGGUGGGGGUGUCCAGAGGAGGGGGAAAGAAAUGCUUUAGGUCGCUGUCUCUGCCGCUCUCUCUCCCUCCCUCCCUCUCUGAGACCUAAAAAUCCUGACAAGUGAAACUUAAAGGUGUUUACCUUGUCAUCAGCAUGUAAGCUAAUUAUCUCGGGCAAGAUGUAGGCUUCUAUUGUCUUGUUGCUUUAGCGCUUACGCCCCGCCUCUGGUGGCUGCCUAAAACCUGGCGCCGGGCUAAAACAAACGCGAGGCAGCCCCCGAGCCUCCACUCAAGCCAAUUAAGGCGGACUCGGUCCACUCGGUUACGUGUACAUCCAACAAGAUCGGCGUUAAGCCGCCGCCGAAUCAUGUCGAUGAGUCCAAAGCACACGACUCCGUUCUCAGUGUCUGACAUCUUGAGUCCCCUGGAGGAAAGCUACAAGAAAGUGGGCAUGGAGGGCGGCGGCCUCGGGGCUCCGCUGGCGGCUUACAGGCAGGGCCAGGCGGCACCGCCGGCUGCGGCCAUGCAACAGCAUGCCGUGGGGCACCACAGCGCCGUCACCGCCGCCUACCACAUGACGGCGGCGGGGGUGCCCCAGCUCUCGCACUCCGCCGUGGGGGGCUACUGCAACGGCAACCUGGGCAACAUGAGCGAACUGCCGCCGUACCAGGACACCAUGCGGAACAGCGCCUCAGGCCCCGGAUGGUACGGCGCGAACCCAGACCCGCGCUUCCCCCCCAUCUCCCGCUUCAUGGGCCCGGCGAGCGGCAUGAACAUGAGCGGCAUGGGCGGCCUGGGCUCGCUGGGGGACGUGAGCAAGAACAUGGCCCCGCUGCCAAGCGCACCGCGCCGGAAGCGCCGGGUGCUGUUCUCCCAGGCGCAGGUGUACGAACUGGAGCGGCGCUUCAAGCAGCAGAAGUACCUGUCGGCGCCUGAGCGCGAGCACCUGGCCAGCAUGAUCCACCUGACACCCACUCAGGUCAAGAUCUGGUUCCAGAACCACCGCUACAAGAUGAAGCGUCAAGCCAAGGACAAGGCGGCCCAGCAGCAACUGCAGCAGGACAGCGGCGGCGGCGGGGGAGCCGGAUGCCAGCAGCAAGCACAGCAGCAGUCGCCGCGCCGCGUGGCCGUGCCGGUCCUGGUGAAAGACGGCAAACCCUGCCAGGCGGGCGCGCCCGCUCCUGGCACCGCCAGCCUGCAAGGCCACGCACCACAGCAGGCGCAGCAGCAGGCGCAGGCCGCGCAGGCAGCGGCGGCGGCGAUCUCAGUGGGUAGCAGUGGCCCCGGCCUGGGUGCACACCCAGGUCACCAGCCGGGCAGCGCGGGCCAGUCUCCGGACCUGGCGCACCACGCCGCCAGCCCCGCAGCGCUGCAGGGCCAGGUCUCCACCCUAUCCCACCUGAACUCCUCGGGCUCGGACUACGGCACCAUGUCCUGCUCCACCUUGCUAUAUGGUCGGACCUGGUGAGAGGACGCCUGCCGGGCCUAGCCCAGCGCGCUGCCUCUUCGCUUCCCCUCCUGCCCGCCCCACACCACCAACCACCCGCAGCUCCAUGCGCUUCGACUUUUCUUAAGAACCUGCCCCGUUUAGACCAAGG